AUGCGGCCACUACAGCUUUACGAGGCGCUGUUAAUGCUUGUCGGCGUCUCAGGGGCGGUCCAGGGGAUGCCGUGCCGGAUGGCCAAGGGCUGGUGCAUCGCCUGCAACCCAGUGGACACAACAAAGUGCAGCGUGUGCCUCUCUGGCUACAGCCCCGAUGCCACGGGAGCCUGCAAGCCGUGCCCACGCAAUUGCACAGCGUGCACGCCGGCGGUAGGCGCGCGCAAGCCCUCCAUGGUCCCGGGCUGCCAGGUGUGCACCCUGUCGGUCGCCAAGUGCAGCUACUGCGGCCAGGGCUUUGCCACCAACUUCACCUCAGGCGCCUGCACGCAGUGCGCCGCGCCCAACUGCGCAUUCUGCUUUGCGGACGCGAAGACGGGCAAGCAGGGGUGCAGCGGCUGCCUGCCCGGCUUCCUGCCCGAGUUCCCCAAGCCCAGCAACUCCUCCGGCGGCGCCUCAACCACCUGCAAGGUCAAGUGCAGAGAUCCCCACUGCACCGCCUGCCUCACCCACCCCGCCAACUGCGCCGCCUGCGCCAGCGGGUACGGGGCGGUACGCCUCACCCCCACCACCGCACGCUGCGUCAGGUGCCGGGUGCCUGGGUGCCAGUCCUGCACCAACGCCAUCACCUGUACCGCCUGCCUGCCCACCCACGUGCUGGAUGUCUUCAGCGGCAGCUGCAUCAGGGUCAGGGGCACCUGA